AUGAUGCAUGUAACUGAUGAAGAAACAGGCUCUGCUAUCACUGAUCCCCAGAGGCUCUCUCUAAUCAAGGAGCUUUUAUGCAAUGUGCUGGGAGGUGGCAACAAAGUCAGGGGAUCUAGCAGUGUAAUGACUAAAGAAGUUAACCAUACUGAGAGAAGGCUUCACCAGAUGAUGUUUGUUGAUAAGGAUUAUGAGCAAGUUGAUGAUGAGGAUGUUGAUGAGAAAAGUAGACCAAAAGUGACUAUUGUGAAUUGGUCUGAUAACGAUUACUCCGUCAUUACUAUCCAGUGUAAGGACAGGGCAAAGCUUCUCUUUGACAUAGUUUUCACUUUGACAGAAAUGCAAUAUGUGGUUUUCCAUGCAAAUAUUGAUUCCAAAGGGUCAAAUUCUUAUCAGAGCUAUUGGGAAGUGAUAGGUCGGGCUGCUUUCAGAACUGUGAUGCAUGUAACUGAUGAAGAAACAGACUCUGCUAUCACUGAUCCCACGAGGCUCUCUCUAAUCAAGGAGCUUUUAAACAAUGUGCUGGGAGGUGGCAACAAACAAGUUGAUGAUGAGGAUGUUGAUGAGAAAAGUAUACCAAAAGUGACUGUUGUGAAUUGGUCUCAUAACGAUUACUCCGUCAUUACUAUCCAGUGUAAGGACAGGGCAAAGCUUCUCUUUGACAUAGUUUUCACUUUGACAGAAAUGCAAUAUGUGGUUUUCCAUGCAAAUAUUGAUUCCAAAGGGUCAAAUGCUUAUCAGAUACGAGGUAAGUAUUCUGUUGAUUUAAAUUCCGGAGUCUUGCUUUAUAUCUUUCGUGGGAUAUGUUGGGGUCACAAAAACUAUGGAACACAUGCAAUAGAGCUAUUGGGAAGUGAUAGGUCGGGCUGCUUUCAGAAGUGA